GUCAGUCGUGCGCAGAAGCGAAGGGAGUUCGGGAAGCACUGCCGCUCGUCGCGGGUGCUACUAACGCGACAACUUUGGGCACCGCCGCCAUGCACGCCGCACCAAGGACAGCCACGCUUGCAGCUGUAAUGCUGCUGUGCGUCUCGGUGGCCAUCAAUCCCGUCGCAGAGGCAGCGCGCGCAAAGAAAGAAGUGAACAUCAUUGACCUUCUCUUCAAGUUUGGGAACUUCAAGGAGUUGCACACGGUUAUGGGAAAUGCCGCCGUGGGCGUGGUGUCACCAAAGGCGUGCUCGGUGUGCAGUGCGGCGACGGGCCUGUUCUUCGACUACAUCGAGAGUGGUCGCUCCAAGGACGGACUCGUCAAGAUUGCCCGGGGUGCUUGCGCCUUCCUUAAGAUUGCUAGUUUGGGUGCCUGCUCUAACGUCAUCGACAUGUACAAGGACGAGUUGUUCUACAUAGCCCAAAACCGCAAGGCUCCGAGGACUGAGACGUGCAGUGUUAUCUUCGGUUCUCUUUGUGGCCCACUGACCAGUGAUGUCCACAACUGGACCAUCCAGAUUAGCGGUCCGUCGAAGCCACGGGCCCACAUGUACGGCAAAUACGAAGAGUUGGAGGACGAGGAAGACGAAAACGUGGAGAAACAAGUGAAAGUGCUGCACAUCUCGGACACGCACUACGAUCCGGAGUACUCACCGGGGAGUAACGCAGUGUGCGACGAUCCCGUGUGCUGCCGAAGAAACAACGGGCCUCCGAAGUCAGCUGGCGACCGGGCGGGCAAAUGGGGCCACAUUGGAAAGUGCGACAUACCACUGCGGACGCUGGAGAGCGCUCUGAAGCACGCUUCCGAAAAUCACAAGGUGGAUGUCGUCCUGUGGACGGGAGACUUGCCGCCUCACGAUCCAUGGAAAGCCACACGGGAAGACAUGCUUGACAACCUGCGCGUAACAUCGGCGCUUAUGCGAAAGUAUUUUCCUAACGCCACUGUCCUUCCAGCUAUAGGAAACCACGAAGCUGUGCCGAUCAACAGCUUUCCAGUCAACAACGGAGCAAACUUCUCUACACAGUGGCUAUACGACACAUUUUCUGAGCACUGGAUGGAUUUCCUCCCGCAGACUGCGAAGAACAGCAUAAGGCAGGGCGCCUUCUACUCCGUCGAAGUAUCCAAGGGCUUCCGUGUCAUCUCGCUGAACACCAAUCUGUGCUACCUUUUUAACUGGUGGCUCGUGUACAAUUCUACUGACCCGAGUGGCCAACUGCAGUGGUUGUCCAGAGAGCUACAGCGUGCCGAAGCUUCUGGAGAGAAGGUUUACAUCAUAGGACACGUGGCUCCUGUGAAGGUUGAGUGCAUUCCUGUUUGGGCAGACAACUUUCAACGCAUUGUGAACCGGUACAAGUCAACCAUCGUGGCUCAAUUCUACGGUCAUACGCACAUGGAUCAGUUCUACCUUUUCUACGACGACAAAGGCGCCAAAGGAUCGAUGCGGCCAACAAAUGUCGCGUACGUGGCACCAAGUGUGACCACCUUUGUCUUCAGCAACCCCGCUUACCGAGUCUACAGUGUGGAUGGUGGUCGACAUCGCAGAAACGCGCCCUGGACAAUUGUGGACCAUGAGACGUUCAUUAUGGACCUGGACGAGUCAAACAAGGUGGACCAGCCCAAAUGGCAACUCGCGUACAGCGCGAAGCAACACUACGGACUUCGCUCAUUGUCCGCAGAAAGCUGGCACAGUCUGGUGGAACAGUUCCGAACGAACGAAACAUUGUUUCAGGAAUACCACAGGUUCAUGCACAAGCUGAUGGAGCCACAUCAAUGCGAUAAGGAAUGCAAAGCCCGAGAGAUAUGUUACAUACAAGCCGCCACGACGACUGGUAUACGAGAAUGUAUGAUAAGCAUGGGCUUUAGCCCCGCUUGAGCCAUCGGGGACAUAUCUGCUGGUAGAUACUUACAUGAAACAGUGUUCUGGCUCGACAACAACACCACACGGACGAAGUCAUCUAGCACCCACCUUCCAUCAUGAGACGCAUACAUCAUCACAUUCAAGAGUUCACAUUAUAUAUACAAGUAGUGCGAUGUAUCGCAUUGGCUUACAUUACCAUAUUUGUGUACUUUUUGUUUAAGUUUGCAAGUCUAAAAAACAGCACAUGUUUCUGUAAAGGUAAUCUCCUGUUUCAACGUGCUUACUGUGGCGCCAACGUUUGUUCCAGUAAUUAUAAGCCCGUAUAAGGAAUGACUGCAGCCUGUAUAAUUAAUUAUUCACUUAUUUGACAAUAUUCGAUGCGACUGCAACAAACUGAAGUGUUUUCAAUGAGCUAACCCGUACAACGUUCUGUCCUUUGUCCUCCAAAUCCUCCAGCUGAAUAAAACAGCACAUCGCAAUGUUUAUGAGCGACCAAUUUAGAUGAGGCAAUAUCUAUUGACAAUUUCUUUUACUUCUGUACGUUUAGCCGGAUUGUUCACCCUGAUUUCCUGUUCUCGCUUCACUCUGUACCUCUAAACACGACAAACAGCGAAAUAUCCAUUUAGCGUUAAUAUUCUGGAAGCACUCCAUUAGGGCGCUUGACAACGAUCCGUGUGGUAAUGUGAAUUCAACAAGGAAAUCAUAUUUACCAUACCUGCUCAUUAUUAUUACGGAGUCGUUUGCAAUUUGUUCUAUUGUUGCAAAUAUUUAUGUUCGAAGACCUGCGUAUGGAAUGAAAUACACUAAAGCAGGCACCAAGGGUUGCGUCUAGACAACGUGCAAAAUGGACUUACUUAAGGCUGCUCGGAAAAGUGAAACUAGUGCAGCAGUGGUUAUGCACGCCUCACUUGUAAGCAGCGGCGAAAGUGAUGCCAUUCGAGCUUCCGAGGACAUGGUGUGCCUGUGCUCAGAUACAUCUAUCUCUAAAGCAUGCUGACUCUGCACUGCUAAAUUUCCAUUUCGGUCGCAAUGACUAGGAGUUCACAAAUGACUGCGCCGAGAAUAAAAACUCUAGCGUACUCAAAUGCAAAACCUCCACUAUGAGCAAUUGUCGUAAGACUAAAUGUACUGAAAAGCUGUAUGCCUUGCUUACCACCACAAUAUACAGUAUUAGCUUGAAGUUUAUUAGGCGUUCUAAUAAAGUAACAUGUUGUAAGAGUUCAAGCUUGUCGGGACGCUAGUAAAAUGAAGAACACAACAAAGAGCAACAAUUGACAUAGGCAUGUAACAGAAAUGGCAACUGAAUUGAAAACUUUACAUCGUAAUAAGGUACAAGAAAGAGUUACCGUAUGUAUAAAGUUCAAGGUGUGCAUGCUAACAUACACACAAAAAUUCAACAUAUUCAGAAAAUCUCAGUUUGUGCUUACAAUAAAUGAUAGCACUUCGCAAUAAUUCAUAGACUACUCAUAGUAUAAUGGCUUAAUGCGAGAUAAAUAUCACACUAGAACUUAACGAAGAAAAAUAAGAGGUAAAAACAACCGAAAAUCUGUGCUGCGAAAUCCGCCAAUGCAAGCAAUAAGUAAACUAUUCCAAAAUACAAGUGAUUCAAGAAUAUCUUUAUAUCGUGCGAGUGUAAGGCUUCUUAAUUUAUGGUUUAGGAAAUACAAACUAAAUCUCUUGUGAAAAUCUCGAAUGUAUCUUGAAAACCUUGUGAAAAUGUUUUAUUAAUUAGUUGUAAAUUAAGGAUGGAACAAGUUUAAAGCCCUUUAUUACCUAUAAUACAAAUAAAGAACGGAAGCUUUAUUUUCUGUUGCUGUGAAUUUCACCUUGCGGAAAAUAUAGUUAAAAUUUAUCAAAUGGAAACGGUUGUGAUCUUGAUGAAACGUAUGUGAUAAUUCUAAGCGUUUCGUUCUGUAUGUGUUGUCGAUGUUUGAUAUGUGUAUGGUAGUUGUUUCUCAAUGAAUAAAGAGACUAAUGGA